AUGGUACUCGAUUUCGUUGCAUCCCACGGAAAGCAUACUGGUCAAGAUAUCGCCCAAGUAUUCUAUAAAUGUAUAAAAGAAUUCGAAUUAGAAGGUAAAAUCCAAGGCAUAACCGUUGAUAAUGCUUCUGCAAAUACAAAAUUUAUGAUAGAGUUGCAAAAUUUACUUCCUAAUUUCGAUGCAGAAAACCAACACUUUCGCUGUAUGGCGCAUGUUUUGAAUUUAGGUGUGCAGGACUUGAUGAAAACCCUGUCACUAAACACUUAUAAUGAAAAUGGAAAUAAUAGUGACGAAGAAAAUUUUAAUAACUCUGACGACUAUAAUGAAGAAGAAAGUGAUAGUGACGAAGAAAGAGCUAGUGAUGAAGAAAUGAACAUUCAAAUUGAGUAUAGAAGAGAUGGCAAUCACGACAAUGAAGAUUUGAGUACAUCAAUUACGAAAAUACGCUCCAUUUUUCAUAAAAUUAGAAGAAGCGAGAAAAUUAAAAAAACAUUUCAUUCCGCAUGUGAAACAGUUAGUCUAACGACUAAUUUGAACCCAAUUUUAGACUGCCCAACGAGAUGGAACUCAACACAUGACAUGAUUGGGGUAGCUUUAAAAUUAAAGCAAGGUAUUAUCACAUUAUGUAAUUGUGUGCUUGAAUUGAACCAUUUCAAAAUUUGGGAAAAAGAAUGGACAGUCUUGGAGAAAAUUCAUAAAUUUCUAAUUAAUUUCAAAAAUUUGACGACUCGACUUGGUGGCGAUAAGUACGUAACGCUUCCCUUUGUUAUAGUUUCAUUCAAUCUACUUCUCGAUAGAAUAGAAUUUUUGACAAAUCAAUUAGAUUCUAAACAUAAACGCACUGCAAUAGAUGAGCAGCUCAUCCUGGGUUUUCAAGCUGCAAGAGAUAAAAUGCUCAAGCAUUACAAAAAAACUAAUUGGGUUUAUUGUACAACGCUAAUUUUAGAUCCUAGACAUAAAGUCGAAACAUUCGAUUUAACACCUUGGGGAUCGGAGAUUAAAAGUGAAAGCAAAAAACGGUUUGAAAAGUUGUUUGAAGAAUAUCGAUUUCAAGAGCCAGUAGGAGAACCAUCAAUGGACAUAAGUGAAGAGUGUGAGGAAGAUGAAGACGCUAUAGAUUUCAAUAAAUUAUAUGCAGCUCCAUCUUCUUCGUCAGCUUCUCAACUCUCGAGAAAAGAGUUAGAACAGUACUUUAGUCAGCCUAGAGCUUUUGAGCAACGAAGAUAUACUGAUUUGGUGGAAACGUCAUGA